AUGAUAAGCUAUUUAAUGUUUAUUGUAGAUGUCAUACAAAAUCCAACAAAGAGUAUUGUUUAAGCUCUAAGAUAUUCUAAUGCAAAUAAAAGAAACUGGCUAUUAAAUCAAUAAUUAUAUUAAAUUGUACUUCUUGCAAAGUAGAAAUUUAAAAAUUAGGAAAGCCUAAGAGAGUCUUAAUUAGCUCAAAUACAAGAGAAGAUUUUUUAUAAUAAUAUUGUUUUUGACAAGAAAAUAAGCGAAUGUUUUAAUUUGCUCAAAUAAUGCUUGGAAGAGAAAAAAAUUGCUUUGUAACAGAUAGGGCAAGACGAUAUAAAUUUAGAAUAGAUUGAAAAUUAUUUUAUGUAAAUAAGGAAAAAAAGAAAUCAUUUAGAGUGCAUAUUAAAAGAGUUAUGUGAAUAGCAUUAUAAUAACCAAGUUUUGAUUUACUUGGUUGAUAUUUUUGAGUCAACUCUUUAAUUUAAUUAAAAACUGGGUCGUAAUCUUUCUAAAUUAAAAAAGAAAUAUCACAGUUUGCCAAAGAGUGAAGAUUUAUUAGAUUAAUUAACUUGCACUGUUUUUAUUUCUCUAACUAAAAAAAUUGGUGAGAUUAAAAUGGUUUCAAAUAAUUUUGAAAGAGUUGUACCUGUUUCUUCAAAUAGUGAAGUUAUUGGAAAAAAUAUAAACUUUAUGAUACCAUAUGAAAUAGCUUAAUUUCAUGAUAGAAUAUUAGAAAAGUACAUAGAAAAUUAUACUCCUAACAAUAGUUACAAUAUUCUUAAUUUACAAAUUGCAAAAAACAGUGAAGGGUGGGGUAUUCCUUACACAAUUAAAAUGCAAACCUUUUAAUUAGAAAUGAGAGAUUUUGGAGUUUGUGCAAUCCUAAAAUAAAUUGUUGAUAAUAAAAGAGCUUUUAAUUAGUUUCAGACUAUUAUUGUCAAUCCAAGAAAUCAGUAAGAAUUUAACAUGCUUAGAACAAUAAAUAAAAGUACCUCAAAUUUAAAUAGCCUUAUUGAAUUAAACUUGCUUCUAGUUAGUGGAGACAGCUCUAAUUUGAUCCAAAAUAAUAAAUUUGAAAGUAAAAAUUCUUAAGACGAAUUUAUUGAUUUUAAUUAGCAAAAAAAUUAUGAGCUACAACAAAUUCUUUAAUCAGGUAUAUCUCCUACUUAAAAAUAAUAUCCUAAGUAGAAAAGAUUAAUAAAUAUAGUUUAAGAAAAACAAGAAAUAACGAAUUAAUCUAAUUUUAUGGACUCAAUAAAUCAGUAAUCAAUGAGAGAAAAUUAAAAUGAAAAUUUAGAUUAGUUGGAUCUAGGAAUUACAAUUGACAUAAAUAAAAAUACAAAUAACUUUAUUACCUCUCCAUUAAAUUCAUUUAGAAAUUAGAGUUCAAAUUAAUUAUUAAUUAAAUUUUAGGAAAUACCACAAAUCUAAUAAGUUUAAAAACAAUUUUCUAGUAAGUAAUAAGAAAUAGAAAAGAGCCUUCUUAGCCAAGAAAUCUAUUAGCAAAGAUAGUUUAAUAGUAUUAAAAAUUAUUCACAAUUUGGCACAGAUACUAUCACUAAAAUUUUAAGUGACAAAGAUAUUGAAUAAUCCACAAAUAAUUUGAAAUAGAUGACUGAGUUAACCUAAAUGAAAUAAAAUAAUCAAAAUAUCGAUUAUAGCAUAUAAAGUGAUGAUAAUCAAUAAGAAAUAGAUGAUUCACAAUUUAAGCGAACAUCUACAAAAAAAAAUUAAGAAGGAUAGAUUGCCUAAAGUGUUCAUUCUCAGAAUUCUACAAGAUCAGUUAAAAGAGAUUUGCUUAUUAAUUAGAUACAAUAGAAAUAAAGUUUAACAGGAUUGCUAAUAUUGAAAUUAUUUGGAAUUUGUUCUUUAAUUCUAUUCUUGUUUCUUAAUAUUCUAAACUUCUAUUUACUGGAAUAAGAAGUAAUAUUUUAGAGAGACGAUUAUAUUAAUAUAGAUUGGGGAUCUACAUUAAGAGAAACUUUUAGCUAGGUUAUAGGUGAUUAGAAUCUUUUAGGACUAUUACAAAUUCCAUAUUUUAAGAACCCACCUUAGCAGCAAGCACAAAUUUUAAAGAGUAUUCUAGACUAUCAAAAGCAGAGAUACACAAUUACAUAAACUCUAAUUAAAAGAUAUGAGCAAACAGAUAAAUCUAAAACAAAUUUGUAUGAGUUUAUGUUAGAUACAAAAUAAAAAUUAUAUUUUGGGUUUUCAGUUACAAGAAAUGUAACUUUUGAUUCUUAUUUUGGGUAUGUACAAAUAGCUACUUUUGGGUACAUGUAUUAAGUUUCUUAAUAAAUAGAUGUCUAAACUUAGAAUUAAUUAUAGAUAAUAGUUAACUAUCUUGAAACUGUUACAUAACUUGAUUCUUUGCAAUCUGAUGUAAAUAAUAAACUAAAUGAAGAAUUAGAUAAUAUUGUAAAUCAAGCUCAAUUAUCUCUCAUUAUUAUAGUUUGUGUUUCAACAGUGGUUUCUUUAAAUGGACUAUAAAAGUUAAAUGAUUAUGUUAUUUCAAUAAGCGGUAUUAGGGCUCCUCUUAUAAUUACAAAAUUAUUGAAUUAUUAAGAUUAUUUUUAUGCUUAUUUAGUAAGAACACAGAACUUGUUAAAUGCCUUAAGCUAGCAAUAAAAUUCUUUUUAUAAUUUAAUUGAAAAAUAGUAUAAAGAAACUAGAUUUGAAUAAAGCUCUUUCGAAGAUUAUGUGUAUAGGAUUCUAUAGAGUGAUGCUUGCAAUGCAGUAAAAGAGAAUACUAAUCUACUUAUUGAAUAAGGAUUUGAUUACAAUUAAUGUUUAUCUACAUAAAAUGGAGUAUUGAAUACAGGCUUAGUUAAGUCAGUUUAAUUCUUAUUCGAAACAUUUAAGUCAAGAAUGCCUGUUUACUCAAUUCAAGAUCCAAAAUUAUUUAUAGACAAUAUAUCGUAAAAUAAAUUUGCUCUCCAAUGA